AAGUAAAUAUCACUUAACAUACAAGCAUUUGAUAUCAGAGAAAGGUGGCAGAAAGAUGGAGUUUUCUUGCAAGGACUUCAAGGUGGGUAACGUUGAAGGAGAAAAAGUACUAGAUGGUGAAACCAUUCCCUUGGUGCUGAAACCUUCAGAGCCUAACAAGAGUGACUUAGCAUCCUUGCUAUUGGGUCUGAAGAACAAGAAAGAUUGGUUUGAACAAAUGAUCAUCAAGAACAGUGCUGUCCUGCUUCGCGGUUUCGAUGUGAAGAAUGCUGAGGACUUCAAUGAAAUCAUUGAAACCUGUGGAUGGGAAGACAUUCGGUAUGUUGGACCGGCACCUCGCACACAUGUUUACAAGAGGGUUUGGACUGCCAAUGAAGGACCCCUCUCAGAGUUCAUUUAUUAUCAUCAUGAAAUGGUUUUGUUUAAGGAUAAUCCCAAGAAAGUGAUACUCUUUUGUGAGACACCUCCCCCUGAAGGAGGAGAGACCCCUUUUGUUCCAAGCUUCCGAGUGACAGAAAAGAUGCUGAAGGAGUUCCCAGAAGAGGUGAAGUUGAUGGAAGAGAAGGGUUUGAAGUAUUCAUUCACAGCUCUUAGUAAUAACAAUACUGGUUCCAUGAGAGGUAGAGGGUGGCAGGAUGCCUUUGGGACCUCAGAUCCCAUUGAAGCUGAGAAAAGGGUGAACGCUCUAGGAAUGGAAGUGGAGUGGCUUGAAGAUGGUGGGAUGAAGACAAUUAUUGGACCAAGAAAUUUAACAAGGGUAUUUGAAGGAAGGAAAGAAAGAAGAAUGUGGUAUAACACAAUAGUAGGCAUGCACGGGAAGGAGUUCAGCUCGGCCACAAUGGCAGAUGGAACAGAGAUUCCAGAACAUGUAGUGAAAAGGUGUGGAGAGAUCAUUGAAGAAGAAAGCAUACAAUUCAAGUGGGAGAAAGGAGAUGUUCUCUUCUUUGAUAACUAUGCUUUGCUUCAUGGUAGAAGGCCUUCCCUUCCUCCCAGAAAAGUGCUGGUUGCUACAUGCAAGUAAUUUCAGAGAUUGUUGUGUUGGUACUUGGAAUAUAUAUAUAUGCCAAGAGAGAAACGGUGGAGAAAAUAAUAGCUAUAUAUGAAUAAGUGUGUCAUUCACCAAUAUAUAAUCAUGGUCACUUUUAUAUACUUCAUCGAAUAAAAGUAUUCUCUAUGCAGAACUAUA